AUGUCAGGCAAAAUUCGUCUGAAGGAAUAUCACAGUCGGAAUAAUAAUAUUGAUAACAAAGAAAAUAAUGAGGAGAGCUCAGAAUCAAAUGCAAACGAUGAAUCCGUGCUUGAGGGCAGGUUUAAGGCCACCAGAAUGUGGAAUGGUAUAUUGCGGCGAUUUCGUAAUGGAAUGCCAUUGAAACGACACCGUCGUCAGUUAAGGACGUACGAGGCUUGCUUUACGGGGCGAGAGGCAAUCGACUUUCUCAUGAAUGAAUUGCCAAAAUUCAUAUCUGAAGAUAAGGAAAUCACG